AUGAAAUUGGUUAUUGGUUUAGCUAUUUUAUUGACAUUGAGCAGUUGUGCCUCAUUCUUGGAAGAAUAGCAGCCCCUUGAAAAUAAAAUAUAUAAGAUAAAGCUCGAUAGAACAGAGUCAUAAGCUAAAAAGUCAUUAUUUGAUUUCAUCACAACAAGCUAAUAAUACAGGAAUUCUCCUGAUAUAUUAGAUGGAUCAGACAUGGCUAUGGCAUAAACACAAUAAAAGGAGUCUAUAAAGUUGUAUAAUUUUAAGAAUACAUAAUACACCGGAGAAAUAGGACUAGGUGAUUAAGGGAAUAAAUUUAAAGUUAUCUUUGAUACAGGAUCUGCUAACAUUUGGUUGAAUUCAGCUAGAUGUAAUGACUAUGGAUGCAAAAAUCAUAAACAAUAUGAUGGCUCAAAGAGUGCUACAUAUGAGCAUUUGGGAUAUGAUCUAGACGUUGAAUUUGGUACUGGUGAAUUGAUGGGUGAAAUCAAUGCAGAUACUGCUUUUGUGGGUGGUGUGAAGAUAGCAAAAUAAGAAUUUGCUGAAAUUGUAAGAGAGAAUGGUGAUGUGUUUGCUUAAUCUGAUUUUGAUGGCAUUGUUGGAUUAGCAUAUCCUUCUAUGGCCGCAUAUAACUUCAAUCCAUUGUUUGAUAAUAUCAUAAAAUAGAAAUUGUUGGACAGAAAUGUGUUUUCUUUCUAUUUUUCAAGACAGGAAGGUUCAAGAUCAUCUGAAUUAACUUUUGGUGGAUGGGAUACUGAUCACUUUUAGGGAGAGUUACAUUUUCACAAUGUUGUAAAUAAAUAUUAUUGGUUAUUGGAUGCUGAUAAUAUUUUAGUAAAUGGAUAAGAUCUUGGAUUAUGCAAACAUGGCUGCAAAGUAGUUGCUGAUACUGGUACUUCUUUAUUGACUGGACCAUCAGAUGAUUUAUACGGCUUAUUGGACACUUUGAACAUCGAUGAAAAUUGUAAAAAUGUCAAGGAAUUGCCAAAGUUAACAUUUGUUUUAGAUGGAAUUAAUUAUGAUUUGGAUGCUAACGAUUACGUGAUGAAGAUUGACUCCUAAGGAAAUGAAGUUGCUUAUGAUACAUUUGCAAGUAGCGACAGCUUUGUUGAAAUGGGGGCUAAUUGUCAAUGUGUCGGAUCAUUCAUGCCUUUGGAUAUUCCAUCACCUAAUGGUCCAGCCUGGAUUUUGGGUGACACUUUCCUUAGCAAAUUUUAUUCAGUCUAUGACAGAGACAAUGAUAGAGUUGGCUUCGCAAGAGCAAAAUGAUAUACAUAUUCUAUCAAGAAUUUAAGAACAAUUUAUUAUUAUUUUGAAUAAUCUUG